UUUAGAAAACUUUGAUGAUUCCCAUCCAAUUGAAUUGCUGUUUUCAAAUGCAGCUCAAGCAGGUGCUACUAGAGAUAAUAUUGAUACUGUUCCAUGGGAAGAUGGAUGGCAACGAUUAAUUGAUGUCAACUACACUGGAAAUAUUGCUACUAUAAUGACAGUUUAUAAAAGAAUGAAAGGAAGAAGAUUUGGACAAAUUGCAGUAACAUCAUCUAUAGCUGGUUUUUUCAGCAUGCCAGGUCUCUGUUAUUAUAAUGCAACAAAAUCAGCAUUAAUAUCAUUUGCACGAGAUCUUCGUUACAUAGCAUCUUUUGAUAAUGUAAAAGUGUCUGUGAUAGCACCUGGAGUAAUAGAAACGAACAUGACUCGAAAUUCUCAUCUACUUUCUAAUAAAUUUUAUGGACCUGGUGAUCCUAACGGUUUGGCCAAAGUCGUUAGAAAUCAGUUGAAUUCUGACACUUUUUGUAUUGGCUGGCCUUUCCGUCAAUAUUUAUUGAGUUGGCUUGUUUCAAGUUUUCCUGUUAGAACGAAAUUGACUCUUUCUCGGAUUUUUGGAGAAUCAUCUCGAAAAAAUACUAAACUCGUUGCAUCAUCGUAA